AUGCACAUGCUUCGCUUGGUUGUUUCUGGGCUUGGUUUUGUGGCAUGCACGACUGCGCGCAACAUCUUCAGCCUGCAGCUGGACCGUCAAGGAACUCAUCUACUGCCCCUUACUCACGGAGAUGCUCCCGAUCAGAAGCUUGUCGAGCGUGGUUCUAGUCCUCGCUGUGGCCCUGAUCAUGGCAAGUGCCCUGAGGGUAAAUGCUGCUCAACUGCUGGUUAUUGCGGGGACACCAAGAACCACUGCAGCUCUCCUGACUGUCAGAUCGAUUUCGGUAAUUGCGACGCUCACACAACUCCAGGAGGCCCUCCUACAGACAAGAUUCCUCGGCCUCAUAUAGGCAACGUUCCCUAUGGCCCGAAAUUCAUUCGUUCGUGUACCACUCCAGGAACGAUUGCCCUGACCUUUGAUGACGGCCCCAAGGAAUACACUCAGGACCUUCUUGACCUUCUUGACAAGUAUGAAGCAAAAGUCACAUUCUUCGUUACAGGAAACAACAAUGCCAAGGGUGAGAUUGACAGUCCUGGGAUGCCUUGGGCAUCUUUGAUUCAACGCAUGUACCGCAGUGGCCACCAAGUUGCCAGCCAUACUUGGUCACACCAAGAUCUUAGUAAAGUCACGCAAGACCAGCGCCGGGUUCAGCUGCUGUGGAACGAAGUCGCCCUACGCAAUAUUCUAGGGACAAUCCCCACUUACAUGCGCCCACCGUACUCCAGCUGUACCGCGGAGUCCGGCUGUCUGGAAGAUCUUGGCUCGCUUGGGUAUCAUGUCAUCCUGUACGACAUCGACACAGAAGAUUACAGUCAUGAUAGCCCGGCUCUGAUCCAACAAUCCAAGGACAUUUUCGAUCGCAACUUGGCCUCUCGGACGGAUUUUGAUAGGCCUUGGCUCGUCAUCGCUCACGAUGUCCAUGAACAAACGGUCCACAACCUCACCGAGUACAUGUUGCAAAAGCUUAUUGCAGAGGGCUAUCGCGCCGUGACGGUUGGCGAGUGCCUAGGAGAUCCCCCUGAGCUCUGGUAUCGUAAGGACGAGGCCUUCGACGAUCGACAAACGCGAAAGUCUAAAUCCAAGAAUCCUGUUGCCAAGACUGUAUCAGUUGACGGCAUGUGUGGUGGGAACAUCACCUGUCUCGGGUCGCGGUUUGGACCUUGCUGCAGUGGCACUGGCUUUUGUGGCAGCAUGUCUACAUUUUGCGGCGCCGGAUGUCGACCUGAUAAUGGUAAUUGUGGCGACAAUGCUGGUACCGUCAAAGGUGGCGGUCCCAAUGCUGGCUCUGGUAAACCUACGAAGCCGGCGAAGUCCGAAGGAAAGUCGUUGCAGCUAAGCUCAUCGGUGGCAAUUGUGAUAUUGUUAUUCCUCGUGGUGUUGAUGGAUUAG